AUGAUAAGAGAAGGUGACGAAUUGGGAAUGACCCCUCUUCACUAUGCUGCUUUUUAUGGGAAAAUUGAAGCAAUUAAGUUGUUUCUUGAAUAUGAUAGCUGUGCGAUCUACCUGUUGACCAAUAAUGGGGCGUCUGCUCUCCAUAUUGCUGCUUUUCAAGGCCAUAUCAAUGCGUUAGAAGAGCUCAUAAAUUGUCGUCCUGAUUGCUGCAAUUUAGUUGACAACAAGGGUCGAACACCCCUUCAUGCUGCAGUCUUAGGGCGCCAAGGUGCAGCUGUGGAAUUUAUGUUGGGAAAACGAAAGUUUAAAAAGUUAAUGAACAAGCAAGAUUAUGGUGGCAACACAGCUUUGCAUUUGAUCUACAUCCACAAAGCUUUUUCUGUCGUUGUAACUUGUCUACAGUUCAACACACUUGUACAACGGUCUGGGAAAAUUCUCAACAAUGAAUUCUCGACUCCUAAGGAUAUUUCUCUUAAAUUACGUGGCUUGGGGAUGAGAAUCAAAAAAUUGGGUGGAUCCCACCAUUUGAUUUCCAUUACUACAAUUUGGAUUUUUGAAGUCAGCAUCGCUAAAGUCUUUGGCGAAACCGUCGAAGUCUGGGUGGAUUCGGAAAGCCUCUUCCAAGAAUACACCGUUGCUGAGUUUCAACUUCUCCUGCUCCAACUCUGCUCUCAGCUUCUCCACCUAGGCAUGGUGGGUCUCAACGCUGCGAACGAGCUGGUCGUUACGCUUCAUGAGCUCGAACUUCUCCUUCUCCAAGCCCUUCACAAUGGCGUGGGCGCCCCUUAA